AUGGUGGGUGGGGCGCUGCGCCUGCGGCGCUGCACCGCCGCGCUCGCGGCGACGGAGUUCCUCGGCCACCUGCGGGGCCCACCGCAGCCCUUCAGGCUCGGCAGCGACGGCGGCGGCGUCCGCGCGUACAUGGCGUCGCCCACCCCGCGCUGCCUCGGGAGGCGCAUCCAGGGCCGACGCUCCCGGCAUCGCGAGCCCGCCGAGGGCGACUGGUUGUGUCAGUGCGGCGAACUGAAUUACAAGUCGAAGCGCGAGUGUUUCAAGUGCGGCGCCCCCGCCCCGCCGCUUCCGCCCGGUGUUCGGCGACCGUCGCUGCCUGGAGAGGACCCGCAGGACUGGGCCUGUCCCUGCGGCCAGAUGAAUUUUAGGGGGAGUGUUGUGUGCCACAAGUGUCAGCAGCCCAAGCCAGCGCCCCCGCCGCUGCCGGGGAAGGAGGUGACGCUGUGGACCUGCCCCAAGUGCAAGGGCGUCAACAGGAACGUGAGGAAGUACUGCUUCAAGUGCUCCGCCCCAUCACCGCUACUCACAUUUAAACCCAUUGCGUAG